UACUCACUUAGUGAAUAAAAACAAAGAGAUUUUCAAAAAAGACGGUUACGUUAAUGUGUGUUGUGUUUACUCUUAAUUUAUCAUAUUGCUAUUUAAUUUGUUCUGCCUUUGUUAAUGUAAAUUUAUAUAAAAGAUCAAGUUAGUAUUUACUCCAUAAAUUCCAUAAUCGAGAUUGACAAUCUUUCCUACAGCAAAAACGAAGAUGUCUACUACUCCUAUAGAUAAUUUUAGCGACGAAGAAAUCUUCUUCGGGAAGCUGUCCCUAAAGGAAGUCAAGAAACAUCUAUUCAACGAUAAACCAACGCAUCGCCAAACAAUCGGAUAUACCAUAGCAGACUGUGAAGAAGAUGAUAAUGACAAAAGUUUAACUAUCAUUGAAACAAAUUCAGAACCAGAUAUAGUUACUGUUAAAGAUUCCUUUAUGGACAUGAAAAGUGAAGAAUCCAAUGGUGUGAGUGAUACCAAAUAUAUUGCCUUAAAGCCAACUGAUAUGGAUGUUAAAGCAGAUGAUAGCUUCUUGACAAUGGAACAGAUGGUCUCUGAACUCAGUUUACCAAGUGAAGCCCAUCAUGAAGAACUUGACAAUACCCUGGAUAUAGUUAAUUACAUUUUGAACCAUGGAAAAGGAAAUGACAAUGAAAAUAUCACUAGUGAGACAAAAAACAUAGAAACCCAUUUAAUUAAGUCCAAGCCCUCAAGUGCCAUAAAACAUGAUACAAAGGAAUGUGUCCAAAAAGUACCUAGAACUUCAGAAACAUCACCUUAUAUCACACCUGCAAAAAAAAUAAGUGAAAAUAUUGCAGGUGACACAAAAAAUAUAGAAAGCCAUUUACUUAAGCCUGAGGCCAGCAGUGCCAUAAAACAUAAUACCAAGGAAUGUGUCCAAACAGUACCUGGAUCUCCAGAAACACCAUCAUAUAUCACACCUGUAAAAAUAAUGGAGAAGAUCAAACCAGAAAAUGAUUCUUUUUCCACACCAGCUGAGUCAAAAAUAAAGACACCAAUUUUUAAAACACCUGCAAAUAUACCUUCUCAUAAGAAACCGGCAGCAUCCUCUACAAAGAAGACUCCAUUAAAGUCUAAUGCAUAUCAACACAUUAAAAGUCCUAUAGCAUCAUACAUUAACAAAACCCCUCAAGUUCCAUUAGUUAAGGAUGUGCGCCCAAUGAAGCCACUACCUGGCCCAUCAUCUAUUCCAAAGAUUAUGAAAACUGCUUCUAAGGGUAACUCCAUCAACAAGGAAAAUAUUAAUCUUCCAUCUAUUGCUUAUCGGAGUGCCAAGGAGACGAAACUGAUUGACAUACCAAGUGAGGGAAAGCUGCCACAAAGUCAAUGGGCUAAAAAAAUAGUGUCUUCAUUACCAAGGCCCCUUGUUAUAAAACAUAACCAUAGAGAACAUAACUUUGCCAAGAAAGUGUUACUUCCCCAACAGGAAGAUAGCUUUGCUGAUCUGUCCCUGCACCAAGCAGAUGUGUCAGUUUGCAUUCAAAAAUCAGCAUUUUUCAAAUCUAAACAUUGACUUGUCUCUUGUUUAUACCUGUUUGUCUAUUAAAAUAGUUAUUUAAAUAAAUAACA